AUGUCUGGAGCGCUUGAUGUCCUGCAAAUGAAGGAGGAGGAUGUCCUUAAGUUCCUUGUAGCAGGAACCCACUUAGGUGGCGCCAAUCUUGACUUCCAGAUGGAACAGUACAUCUAUAAAAGGAAAAGUGAUGGCAUCUAUAUCAUAAAUCUGAAGAGGACCUGGGAGAAGCUUCUGCUGGCAGCUCGUGCUAUUAUUGCCAUUGAAAACCCUGCUGAUGUCAGUGUUAUAUCCUCCAGGAAUACCGGCCAGAGGGCUGUGCUGAAGUUUGCUGCUGCCACUGAAGCCACUCCAGUUGCUGGUCACUUCACUCCUGGAACCUUCACUAACCAGAUCCAGGCAGCCUUCUGGGAGCCACGGCUUCUUGUGGUUACUGACCCCAGGGCUGACCACCAGCCUCUCACGGAGGCAUCUUAUGUUAACCUACCUACCAUUUCUCUGUGUAACACAGAUUCUCCUCUGCGCUAUGUGGACAUUGCCAUUCCGUGCAACAACAAGGGAGCUCGCUCAGUGGGUUUGAUGUGGUGGACGCUGGCUCGGGAAGUUCUGCGCAUGCGUGGCACCAUUUCUCGUGAACACCCGUGGGAGGUCAUGCCUGAUCUCUACUUCUACAGAGAUCCUGAAGAGAUUGAAAAAGAAGAGCAGGCUGCUGCUGAAAAGGCAGUGACCAAGGAGGAAUUUCAGGGUGAAUGGACUGCUCCAGCUCCUGAGUUCACUGCUACUAAGCCUGAGGUUGCAGACUGGUCUGAAGGUGUACAGGUGCCCUCUGUACCUAUUCAGUAG